UGGUUCAUUCAUAAAAUUGUAGCAGAGCAUAAAAGGAGGGGCUUGCGUCCCAGUCGUCCAGUUACCAGGUGUCUACCUGGAGGAAGCCCCGAGCCGCGCUGCCCCGUGGACGCUGACGCGCAUUUGCAUUUGAUCGGGACUCGCGUGCGGCCGCGUGUGUUUUUUUACUGGGUUCCCGGUGAUGUAUCACAGCAACGUGACGCCUGACAUGGAUCCAGCCGCGUCCACCUGCCGGACAGAGUCCCCUGACGGGACGCUGAGCCACGGGGCGCCGGAGGAAGAGACGGGCUCCGCAGCCUCCUCCUCGGAGGAUGCAAAGGACGUGAGCCCUGAAGAAGCUCCGUUUGUGCCAACAGUCACUGCCAUUUCCUCUACCCCGGGUUUCCAGUGGAUGGUCCAGCCUACCAUUAUCACAUCUGUCUCCCCGUCUCUGGGCAGCAGGCGAGCCAAUGGGGCGCAGGGCUCUCGCCAGGCAACACCCAGAGCGGGCGGGAGCCGGGGGAGGAACGCAGCCAGGAAGGGGUCCGCGGAGCAGCUGUCUCCAGAGGAGGAGGAGAAGAAGAGGAUCAGGAGGGAGCGGAAUAAGAUGGCUGCAGCCAAGUGUCGCAACAGACGGAGGGAGCUCACGGACACCCUGCAAGCGGAGACCGACGCGCUGGAGGAGGAGAAAGCCGCCCUGGAGACGGAAAUCGCCGAGCUGCUCAAGGAGAAGGAGCGGCUGGAGUUGAUCCUGGCCUCGCACCGGCCGGCGUGUCAGGUGCCGGAGGAGCUGGAGGCCGUUCUGCAGGAGCCGGCCCCCAGCCCGGACCCGGACCCGGACCAGGACCCCGGCCAGGACCCCGACCCGGACCGGCUGCCGGAGGACGCCAUCCAGGAGGCGUCCAUGGACCUCCCCAGCGACCCGUCCGCCGCCAUCUCCGGCAACUCCAACAUCCUGCUCUGCGCCAGCGCCGACAUCAGCGCCUGCGAGCUGGAGCCCCCUCUGGGCGUCAAGGAGGAGCUGCUGGACGCGGUGCUGCCCAGCCUCGAGGAGAGGACCCCCAUGGAGACGGCUCGCUCCGUGCCGGACAUCGACCUCAGCGGCUCCCUGGGGGUCUCGGACUGGGAGACCCUGUACAAGUCUGUGUCCGGCGACCUGGAGCCGCUCAGCACCCCGGUGGUGACCUCCACCCCCACCUGCAGCAGCUGCCUGUCCGUCUUCACCUUCGCGUGUCCCGAGCUGGACUCUCUCACCGAGGCGCUGGACGCCCACAAGGGCGGCGCCGGCAUCCUCAACUCGCCCACUCUGCUGGCCCUGUGACGCAGAGGACUGUGAGCCGAUGUAAACAGCACACGCCGCGGCGGGCUCACGGGAAUCAGCCACGGAGCGGCUGGAGAGCGACCGAGGCGUCUCAGCGGCUGCAGGAGGCUCCGCUCCAAAACGCAUGCUGAGGAAUUCCAAAUAAUUUUCAAGCUCCUGUGUGUAAUCGAUCGGUUACUAGAUCUAAGAAUUAUUGUGGAAUUUGAUGUGACAGUAUGGUUUCGUGUUACGUGUCAACGGUGUAUUGAUUGCUGUAACUGUUGUAUUGACACAUUCAUCCAUGUUCAGUACCUGCACCAACCGUGGUUCGAGCUCAUUGUUCACAUGUUGAAGGUUUUCCAUGAAAACAUCCAGUGCUAUAAACUAUAUUUCUUCUCAAGAUGUAACUCGUGAUUUAUUUUUUUACCUUUCAGAUUUUGACUUAUUUGUUAAAAUUAAAAAAAUAAAAUA